AUGGAUGGAAGUUUGGAAGGUAUGCUAAUGAAAGUGAGCAUUUUUGCUCUGGUUCAAGGUCUCGUGUAUCUCAUACUCUCUAAAUCUUCGAGUGUUUUCUCAAAGUCAAAGACGAUGAAGAGAGUUUACAGUUUCCGGUCAGCGAGAUCCAUCAGCAUCAGCCGGAUUUUGGCGGUUCUUCAAGACAUGCCUGCAAGUGGCGAGAUGUCUCCUUCUUCUAUGGGAUUUUCUUCUCCUUUAUCAUCACCAUCGUAA